AUGGUGGCUCCUUUCCCAAGCGUCAUCAACCCUGAAUACAGGCCAAAGUGCCAGGCCGGGGGAGCGCUUGUGCCCAUUUUUACAGAGACCGUUGAAGGCCCUUUUUACUACAACGGCUGCCUAUUACCUUCCGACAACGCCAUGAUCAAGAAGUUGCGGGAACUUCGCGGUCCCGGAAAGCUGUCUCUGGUGCAGGCCGCCUACAGGGGCCGGGGCGGCUCUAUGCUACAAGCGCGCAGCCGUCACGCCCGGAUUCUCAUUCGUGUCCUCCUGGUGCAGUACAGAUGCGUCGAGAGCCUACACGUGGAGGACGCCCUCGAGGAAGGUAGUGGACUCGGCGAGUUCCGGGAGUGCGUCGUCUCGACGUUUCGGGAAAACACGAGCCUACGGACCUUGAUUCUCGGUAGCCUCUUCAGCGAGUACAGGAGCAUCCGAGAAGAAUUGUUCGGAGCCAUCGCCAGCAUGACGAACCUGUGCGAGUUGGCCGUAUUAGGCAGCGCCGCAGGGCCAUCGGUCGUGCUGGAGGCGGUUUGUAAGCUUCUCGUGGACACCACGUGUCUCGUCACUCUGACGAUUCCUCGACUCGUUUUCGACGACGGAAGCGGGACUCGCCUGACCGCCGCGCUCCGACGUAACAAAACCGUCCAGAACCUGUCUCUGCACGUCAGCGUCAUGCAUUCAUAUAUGCAGAGCGGAAUUCCGAGGUUCUCCCACUUUCUAGCCAACAGCAAGCAACUGACUUCGCUGAGCGUGGAAGGUGUGGAUACGGAUCCCGUAAGCACGUUCGAAGACAUCAAGUGCAUCGUGCGCCGUACCGCAUUCGCGGCAACUUGCAGAAGCUCCGACUAACAGGCUUCCUGUUAAGCGCCCAUUGCUCGUGCCUCUUCGCUGCCCUCGUGUACGGAAAAGAAGGGUGUCUCAAGAGUCUGGACAUAGCCGGCUGCCGCUGGAGACCGAAGUCACGGUUACAACGAACGCGCGACGCUGGACCUAGUGACGGCGAACAGGUGGGUCGACCCACGAUGGCGCACCGCAGCUG